AUGGCGAUGAAAGCAUUACUUGACAGUAGGAAAUUGUUUGGCAGAGAAAACAAUCUAAUAAACAUUAAAAAAAACUAUAUAUGCUUUCAAAGAAGUGCACUUCGAGAUAAUGUAGUAAAGAAGGAAACUCCUAAAUUUGAACAGAAACCAUUGGGUUCAUACCCAGUCCCUCCAGAAGCGGAAAUGAUGUGGAGAAAUAGACAUACUGCAUAUGGUGGAUACAUUCAGCAAACGGUUUCUCCCUUUCAGCAAAAAAUUAUGUACCCAUUUUGGCAUAUGGCUUUAGCUAGAUGGUGGGCGAAAUUUUCAUCCUACGUGUGGUGGUGGAUAUGGCCAUUUGCAAUAACUAAUUUAAUUUUAUGGAAAAUGUUUCGCGAUUCGAAAAAGUACGUGCAGCAGAAGCAUUGGUACUGA